GAGGGCAUCCUGCUCUCCGGCGGGAGCGGCUUGGAGUGUCCAAGGCCGAGCGCGUGGUGGCGCCCGUGGCCGCGGGGAUUCCAUUGGGCCUUCACUCUAGAUUUCCCGAGUCUGGUGCACGUGGUGGUGUGGCGGCCAGAGGAGUAAAGAUGGGAGUGGGCGGCGCUUCUUAUGCUUGGAAAUAUUCCAGACUGUUGUCAGCCUUCCCCUGAGAGGAACUGAAGUCCGGUGAGGGGAAGGCUUCGCUGCGGGUCACGCGUCGAGUUAACGCAAGCAGGCCCUGGACCCUAAUGUUUUGUUAGCCUGCUGGGAGCUACAGCUCCUAUGCUGCGUUGUGCCCUCCCUUCCCCUCAUUUAUUAUAUAAGAUUCUCAAGGGUAGGAGCGCGGCCCUCCUCUGCUUCUCCCAACGACGCCUGGCACUCUAAGAGCAUGCAUAAUGGAGCAACCUGACUUCGUGAGGACGUUCAGUGGCUCAGCUGGAGCCCCAGGAACAAAGGUGUUUGCACAACAAGAACCACUGGACUGUCUGGAAAUGACUCUCAACCUAGAAACUGCUCUUCCUGCUAAAGACCCAGGAGUUCUCAACCUGCUCAUCCCUGCCACUCAUGUUCUGUGCAAGUAAGAAGAGAGGCUACAGGAACUCUGGACAUAGGCAAAAAGGUACAGCCUAGGACUCCCCUGGUGGCGCAGUGGUUAAGAAUCUGCCUGCCAAUGCAGGGCACACGGGUUUGAGCCCUGGUCCAGAAAGAUUCCACAUGCCGCGGAACAACAAAACCCAUGCAGCACAACUACUGAGCCUGCGCUCUAGAGCCCACGAGCCACAACUACUGAAGCCCACGCGCCUAGAGCCCGUGCUCAGCAACAAGAGAAGCCACCGCAAUGAGAAGCCCGCGCACCGCAACGAAGAGUAGCCCCCACUUGCCACAACUAGAGAAAGCCCGUGUGCAGCAACGAAGACCCAAUGCAGCCAAAUAAAUAAAUAAAAAGAUACAGCCUAGGGUAAUCGGCACAGAGGUGAGAUAAGGCGGUACCUGGCUUGACAGGUUCAAGGUGAGCUGAAGGUCAGCUCAAGAAAGGAGAGAGGGCUUCCCUGGUGGCGCAGUGGUUGAGAAUCUGCCUGCCAAUGCAGGGGACACAGGUUCGAGCCCUGGUCUGGGAGGAUCCCACAUGCCGCGGAGCGACUGGGCCCGUGAGCCACAACUACUGAGCCUGCGCGUCUGGAGCCUGUGCUCCGCAACAAGAGAGGCCGCGAUAGUGAGAGGCCCACGCACCGCGAUGAAGAGAGGCCCCCACUUGCCGCAACUGGAGAAAGCCCUCGCACAGAAACGAAGACCCAACACAGCCAUAAAUAAAUAAAUAAAAUUAAAAAAAAAAAAAAAAGAAAGGAGAGAGAGCUGCAGCUGCUCCCAGAGUUCUCUGGACUCACUCCUUUCUGUUUUUACCCCUCCUCAUCUCCUAUGCCUCCAGCUACAAAGAAGGUCUAGGAGGUGGAGGUAUGGGAGCUGGGAGGGGAAUGAGUCCUGUGGGGGAGCCAUCAUCUGGGGGUGUUGGAUGGAAAGGAUAACCUUCCAGCUUAAACCAGUCCCCCUGGGCGCAGUUCUCACCCAGGAACCAAGCCUUUGCCCAUAUGGGAGAAAGAACUCAUAGGGUGGCCCCUGCCAGCAACCCCACUUUUGCCCCUGUAGGCCCUGCAUAAACUAUCUCCACAAAGCCCUGGGUAGGAGUCCUCCUCCCCAACUCUAGCCAAAGCCAGACUUUGUGUCAGGAUCUGUCAUAGAGGUAAGUUUUCCUCUCUGCCUCAUCCCUUUACCUGCUACAAGUUUACCCAGUGCCCCAUAGCAAGACUCCCAGUCCAUAUAUUUAACUCUCAGUAGAACAUGUAACUAAACAUUAUCAUCCCCGUUUUACAGAUCAGAAAGCUUUAAGUGACUUAGCUUUGAUUACUCAGCUAAAAAGGGGUUGGCCUGCUUUCCCUCCUUCCUCGCACGGCCCAGGGUUUGUUUUAGAGCUGGAGAAGAGGCAUGGUUGGUGUGUGUGUGUGGGGGGGCACGCGUGCGUGCGCCUCGGGGACAGGGCUCAGCCCUAACGUGUCUUCCCACACACACCUCCUGCCUGUGGGAAUCUUUCACCCACCCACAGAGCUCCCAGGGGUACAAAGACAAAAUUAAGCAGCUGCUCCAGUGGGCUCAGUUGGCUGGUAGAGCUAUGCUGAGUGUCCUUAUGCUUGUGGCCACAUUUCUAAGUAGCCCAUGAAUCAAAGGAGAAAUCACAAAGGAAACUAGAAAUGUUUCAAACUGAAUGAUAAUGAAAUACAUCAAAACUUAAUGGGAGGGCUUCCCUGGUGGCGCAGGGGUUGAGAGUGCGCCUGCCGAUGCAGGGGACACGGGUUCGUGCCCCGGACUGGGAAGAUCCCACAUGCCGCGGAGCGGCUGGGCCCAUGAGCCAUGGCCGCUGAGCCUGCGCGUCCGGAGCCUGUGCUCCGCAACGGGAGAGGCCACAACAGUGAGAGGCCCGCGUACCGCAAAAAAAAAAAAAAAAAAAACUUAAUGGCAUGCAGCUAAAGCAAUGCAUAUUUAAGUGGAUAUAUUAGAAAAGAAAAAUGGUUGAAAAUUAACUACAUAAGAUUCUUCAAGUGGGGUGAAAACAUUUUCAAUAAACAGAGUGGGAGCAAGUGACUGUUUUACCUGUACUUUGCAGCCUUCACAAAAAUUAAUUUGAGAUGGAUCAUCAACAUAAUUGUGAAGGCAAAACAAAUAAAGAUUCUAGGAAAAAAAAACAAUAUCUUAAAAAACAAAACAAAACAAAACAAUAUCUUUAUAACCUUGGAGUAGGUAAAGAUUUCUUAAAUAAGACAAAGUGCUAACCAUCAAAGACUGAUAAAUUUGACUUCAUUAAAACUAAGAACUUGGACUUCCCUGGUGGCGCAGUGGUUAAGAAUCCACCUGCCAAUGCAGGGGACAUGGGUUCAAGCCCUGGUCUGGGAAGAUCCCACAUGCCGCGGAGCAGCUAAGCCCGUGCACUACAACUACUGAAGCCCAUGCUACCCAGAGCCUGUGCGCCGCAACUACUGAGCCUGCAGGCCUAGAGCCCAUGCUCUGCAACAAGAAAAGCUACCGCAGUGAGAAGCCCGCACACCACGAUGAAGAGUAGCCCCUGCUUGCCACAACUAGAGAAAGCCUGCACGCAGCAACAAAGACCCAAUGCAGCCAAAUAAAUAAAUAAAUAAAUUUUUUUAAAAAAGAACAAAACCAAGAACUUCUGGGAAUUCCCUGGCGGUCCAGUGGUUAGGACUCAGUGCUCUCACUGCUGGGGCCCCAGGUUCCAUCCCUUGGUGGGAGAACUAAGAUCCUACAAGCUGCAGGGCCAAAAACACCCAAAACAAACAAACAACUAAGAACUUCUGGUCAUUAAUUAAAGAUAAUUAAGAAAGUGAAAAGCCACAAACUAGGAAAAGAACAUUACAAUGCAUAGACUCAAAAAAUGACUCAUGCAGAAUUACAUAGUCAUUAAGGAAAAAGGACUUGAACAGACCCGUCACAAAAAAGGAUUUCCCAAUGGCCAAUAAGCAUGUGGAAAGGUGCUCAAUGUCACUAGAGAAAUUUAAUUCAUAGAGAAAUGGGAGUUAAAACCACAAUGAGAUACUACUAUAUGCUGACUAGAAUGACUAAAAGGUUGACAGUACCAAGUGUUGGCGAGGAUAUGAAGUAACUAGAACUACUAUACACUGACUAGAUUGACUAAAAGAUUGACAAUACCAAGUGUUGGUGAGGAUAUGAAGUAACUAGAACCGGUAAGAGGUAAAAAGAAAACUGUGGGGACUUCCCUGGUGGCGCAAUGGCUAAGAAUCUGCCUGCCAAUGCAGGGGACACAGGUUCAAGCCCUGGUCCGGGAAGAUCCCACAUGCUGUGGAGCAGCUAAGCCCGUGUGCCACAACUACUGAGCCUGUGCUCUAGAGCCCGCGAGCCACAACUACUGAGCCCAUGUGCCACAACUACUGAAGCCCGCGUGCCUAGAGCCCAUGCUCUGCAACAAGAGAAGCCACCACAAUGAGAAGCCUGUCUGCCACGACGAAGAGUAGCCCCCGUUCACCGCAACUAGAGAAAGCCCAUGUGCAGCGAUGAAGACCCAACGCAGCCAAAACUAAAUAAAUUUUUAUUAAAAAAAAAAAAACCGUGGUACAGCACAGGGAAUAUAGCCAAUAUUUUAUAAUAACUUUUUUUUUAAUAUUUAUUUAUUUUUUGGCUGUGUCACGUCUUAGUUGCGGCAUGUGGACUCUUAGCUGCGGCAUGCGGGAUCUAGUUCCCCAGUCAAGGAUCGAACCCGGGCCCCCUGCAUUGGGAGCAUGGAGUCCUUCCUACUGGGCCACUAGAGAAGUCCCUAUAAUAACUUUAAAUGGAGUAUAUUCUGUAAAAGUAUUGAAUCACCAUGUUGUGUACCUGAAACUAAUAUAACAUUGUAAAUCAACUAUACUUUUAUUUUUAAAAAUCUCCUAUAAGCCACUCCUGACCUGUGGGAAUAUAAACUGCCAGUGACAAGUACUAAACUCUUGAUAAAUAUGUUAUUAUAGGUUGCAAGUUGAGUUUUCUGAGCAUGGAGCUAGCUACUGGGAAGGCUUAGUAGGGCAUGCAUGGAUACUAAUUCCCCUACCCAGUGUUGCUGGUCUGUAUUGUAUAGUAUUAUCUAUCAAUACAUGUAUACGUUUACAGGAUACCAUUAGAAUUCACUGUAUCUCCAACCUUUCAAUUAAUGUAUUUUGGUUAGUAGUGAUCUUAAUACCUUAAUUCAAAAGGAAUCAGCAGAAUCACUGUUGGGUAAUUAUAACUCCAACACCAAACUUUCUCAAGCAUUCCGUUAAAAAAUCUCAGAGGAGCUUCCCUGGUGGCGCAGUGGUUGAGAGUCCGCCUGCCGAUGUAGGGGACACGGUUUCGUUCCCGGUCCGGGAAUAUACCACAUGCCGCGGAGCGGCUGCGCCCGUGAGCCAUGGCCACUGAGCCUGCGCAUCCGGAGCCUGUGCUCCGCAACGGGAGAGGUCACAACAGUGAGAGCCCCGCGUACCGCAAAAAAAAAAAAAAAAAAAAAAAAAAAAAAGGUCCACAUCAAAAAAAAAUCUUUAAAAAUAAAAUAAAAUAACAUUUCCAGCACUGCAGAAGUCUUCCCAAUUCCCCUCACUCAGUCAAUAAUGCCCCCAGAGUUAACCGCUGUUCAGAGCUCCAUCACCAUUUAUUACAGUUUUGUCUGGUUUUGAACAUCAUGUAAAUGGAAUCAUACCAUAUUCACUCUUCUGUGGCUUGCACCUUUCAAUGGCAUUGAAAAUGGUCGUUUCCCCAGCUUGCUAUCAGGAUAUGUGUUUGUCUUGUCUCUUGUGACACUUGUUUUCUUCCCUGUCCUUGGGGGUGUCUUCAAGCUGUUGACUUCUGGGAUUUGCAGAUUUCACAAUGUGAUACUAUUUAUUUUUUUGUCUGUAGGUUAUUUCUCCAGGGGCAAAGAAAAUAAUUUCCUAAAAUCCAUAUGAAUGUAAAGAAAAGCAGUUUGUUAUUGGCUGUUGGUGGUUUUUUUUAUAAUGCAAAAUAAAAAUAGUAAAAAGAAAAAAAUGGUAUCAAUGAGAUGACAGCAGUUGUAAUGAACAGAAAGCUCGAUUCAAACUGUCUUAAAUUAUAAACACAGUUUAUUGGCUCAUUUAAUUGAACAGUCCUGAAGUAGGGCUGGUUUCAGAUGAAGUUUGAUACAAUGCCUUUUGAUUUUAUAAGGAGUUGAUGUGGCAGACACAGCCGGUUGCCUUCCUAAUACCUAUUCCCCCCUGCUCCAAAAAAGAAGGCCAUUUUUGUUUGGGGAAGUGCCUAGUUAAACAGACUAACUUUCUCAGAUUCCCUAAGAGUUCAUGGUGUCCCUGGGAUACAUUGUGACCCACAAGACUUACAUUGAGGGCUUCUGGGAAAGUUGCUUCUCUGGCAGAGGUGUCUCCCUUUUCUGCUUCUUUUCCCUUCAACUUCCUGCUGAGAAUGUGAGUAUAACGCUUACAGCUGUAGCCGCCAACUUGUGACGGUAAGGCAAUGAGGCAACAACCUUGAGAAUGGACUAGCUUGCUAAAGAUGGUGGACAAGAGAAGCAGAGCAUGCCUCCGCAACAUUGUAAAGCAGUGGCACCAACCCUGGUCUGCCCACCUCCUGAUAUCUUAUUGCAUGAGACAAACAUGAAACAAAUAUUUGUUUAAGCUACUGUUAAGUUUUUCUUUUACUUGAGACUAACCGCAUUCCCCACUGAUAUCUUCAGUUUCUUUACAUCUCUUGUGUACAUCUCUUGUGGUAAAUGCUUCAUUCUAAGGCUUGUUUCCCUUUGUAGACACAAACUGGCUUCCAGCAGCCUCAGAAGCCUCCUGCUUCCUCGCUUGCAUCCUACAGGAGAGAUCUUUAUCCUAGAAUUCACUGGUCCUGGUUCUGAAAAUCCUGCUGGCAUCUACUGCUGGAGUCUGUGGCUAGAGAACUCACGACUCCCUGAAUAUUUUGGCCCGUGCUGCACACCAUGGAGAGAAAAGCAUCCUAUGAACCGUCAUACACUCAGACUGGUGCUGAUGAUACGCUCUGUCAAUUCCUUUGUGAUACUGCUCUUGGAACGCAGCUGUCACGCUGUGAGGAAGCCCCAGCCACCCUGUGGAGAGGCACAUGUGGAGAGAAGCAGCAUACAGCACCAACUUGAAAGCCAUGGAGCCCCGCGCGGACUCAUUCCAUGAUGUCCCUGUCGGUGCGGCCGCAGCGUCGCCUGCUCAGCGCCCGGGUCAAUAGGAGCCAGUCCUUCGCAGGCGUCCUCGGCAGCCAGGAGCGGGGGCCCAGAAGCUUCCCAGCCUUCAGUCCCCCGGGGCCCCCACGGAAGCCCCCAGCGCUCUCCCGAGUGUCCAAGAUGUUUUCAGUGGCGCACCCGGCCCCCAAGGUCCCACAGCCUGAGCGGCUGGACCUGGUGUACACGACGCUCAAGCGAGGCCUGACGGCCUAUUUGGAAGUGCACCAGCAGGAGCAGGAGAAACUCCAAAGACAGAUAAGGGAGUCCAAGAGGAAUUCUCGCCUGGGCUUCCUGUAUGACUUAGACAAGCAAGUCAAGUCCAUUGAACGCUUCCUACGACGGCUGGAGUUCCACGCCAGCAAGAUCGACGAGCUGUACGAGGCAUACUGUGUCCAGCGGCGUCUCCGGGAUGGCGCCUACAACAUGGUCCGUGCCUACAGCACCGGCUCCCCAGGGAGCCGUGAGGCCCGGGACAGCCUGGCCGAGGCUACUCGGGGGCAUCGGGAGUACACAGAGAGCAUGUGCCUGCUGGAGAGUGAGCUGGAAGCACAGCUGGGCGAGUUCCAUCUCCGGAUGAAAGGGCUGGCCGGCUUCGCCAGGCUAUGUGUGGGCGAUCAGUAUGAGAUCUGCAUGAAAUAUGGGCGUCAGCGCUGGAAACUACGGGGCCGCAUAGAGGGUAGUGGAAAGCAGGUGUGGGACAGUGAGGAAACCGUCUUUCUUCCUCUGCUCACGGAGUUCCUGUCCAUCAAGGUGACAGAACUGAAGGGCCUGGCCAACCAUGUGGUUGUAGGCAGCGUCUCCUGUGAGACCAAGGAUCUGUUCGCUGCCCUGCCCCAGGUUGUAGCUGUGGACAUUAAUGACCUCGGCACCAUCAAGCUCAGCCUGGAAGUCACGUGGAGUCCCUUCGACAAGGAUGACCAGCCCUCAGCCGCUUCUACUGUCAACAAGGCCUCCACAGUCACCAAGCGCUUCUCCACCUAUAGCCAGAGCCCACCAGACACGCCCUCACUUCGGGAACAGGCCUUCUAUAAUAUGCUGAGGCGGCAGGAGGAGCUGGAGAAUGGGACAGCGUGGUCCCUGUCGUCCGAAUCUUCCGAUGACUCCUCUAGCCCACAGCUCUCAGGCACUGCGCGCCACUCCUCAGCCCCCAGGCCCCUGGUGCAGCAGCCUGAGCCUCUGCCCAUCCAGGUUGCCUUCCGUAGGGCUGAGACCUCCACUUCUGGAACCGUGGAUGAGGAGGGGGCCAUGGCCCCAGCCCUGGCCAAUGGGCAUGCCCCCUACAGCCGGACUCUGAGCCAUAUCAGUGAGGCCAGUGUGGAUGCUGCCCUGGCUGAGGCUUCAGUGGAGGCUGCAGGCCAAGAAAGUCUAGUUCAGGGACCCAGCCCACCUGCACAUCCAGGUCCCACACAUGGGGAGCACCCUAGUCCUGUCCCUUCUGCCCUGGACCCUGGCCAUUCUGCCAUAAGCCCCGCUCUCAGUACAACAGGCCCUGCCCACACAUCUACAGACCCUGCCCCCUCCGCACACCUAGACUCAGUUAACAAGACCAUAAAUUCUAGCUCUCCUGAAUUGCCAGACCCCACCCACACCACUACAAGCGCCACCUCUAGUGUUGUAAGCCCUACCCAUAGUGCUCCAAGCCUUACUCACACUACCACAGUUUCUACCCACAAGACUGUGGUCUCUACCAUCACUAUUACAGGCCCUACCCCCAGUACCACAGGGUCAGUCCAGACCACCACAAGUCCCACCCACAAGCCGAUGCUUUCUACCGUCACUCCUGUAGCUCCUGUCCCCAAUACUACAGACCCAGUCCAGACCACCACAAGCCUCAGCCACACUGUCACAAACCUGACACACACUGUCACAAGCCCCACCAACAAACACGUGAUCUCUACCCUCUCUACUGCAGGCCCUACCCCCAGUACCACACACCCAGCCCAGACUACCACAAGCCCCACCCACACUACUACUAGCCCCACCCAUACUACUGCAAGCCCUACCCAUACCACCAUAAGCCCCACCCACACUGCUACAAGCCCUACCCAUACCAUAACAAGCCCCGCCCAUACCAUAAUAAGCCCUGCCAACACUACUGCAAGCUCUACCCACACCACCACAAGCAGUACCCACACUACUGCAACCCCUACUCACACAGCCAGGAUUUCAACUCACACCGCUACACCCAAUGCUAAGGACCCAGUCCAGAUCACCGGGAGUCCUCCCCAUUCUGUCACAAGUCCCACGCUUAUAACUGUAAGCCCUUCCACUUUUCUAGACCUUGCCACGCUCUCCAACCCCUCUGCAAACACAGACCCUCCCCUCCCAGGCAUCGACCCCCUGUCCUGUAGCUACCCAGCCUCCACUUCCUGCACUCAGGCAGACCCCAUAGCCCUCAGCACCUCCCACCCAAGUCCUACCUGCUCCAGUUGGGAACCCCUCACAAGCCCUUCCCCAAAACUCCCAGAAGCCAUCUGUCAGAGCCCAAGUCCCCCUCCCUCACCCCUAGCCCCUGUGCCCCAGCAUUCAGACCCUAGAGUGGCCAGGGCUGCCCAGGCCCCAGUUCCAGGGGCAGCUGGAGGUGCUGGGGACAGGAAACUGGAAGAGGCACUGGGGGCCCUAAUGGCUGCCCUGGAUGACUAUCGUGGCCAGUUUCCUGAGCUGCAGGGCCUGGAGCAGGAGGUGACCCGGCUGGAGAGUCUGCUUAUGCAGAGACAAGGCCUGACUCGCAGCCGGGCCUCCAGUCUUAGCAUCACUGUGGAGCAUGCCCUGGAGAGCUUCAGCUUCCUCAAUGAAGAUGAAGACAAUGACAGUCCUGGGGACAGGCCCCCAAACAGCCCGGAGCCUGGGGCUGAGGACAGCCUCGACUCACCUAGUGCCCGACCCCUCAGCACAGAGUGUCCAGCUCUGGACACUGCCUUGGUCCAGCAUCUGUACCACUGCAGCUGCCUCCUGCUGAAACUGGGCACAUUUGGGCCCCUGCGCUGCCAAGAGGCAUGGGCCCUGGAGCGACUACUACGGGAGGCCCGAGUGCUCGAAGCAGUAUGUGAGCUUAGCAGGCGAUGGGAAAUCCCUGCCACCUCUGCCCAGGAAGUGGUGCAGUUCUCGGCCUCCCGGCCCGGCUUCCUGAUCUUCUGGGACCAAUGUACAGAGGGACUCAGCCCCUUCAUCUGCCCCGUGGAGCGGGUGCUCCUCACCUUCUGCAAUCAGUACGGCGCCCGUCUCUCCCUGCGCCAGCCAGGCUUAGCUGAGGCUGUGUGUGUCAAGUUCCUGGAGGAUGCCCUGGGGCAGAAGCUGCCCCGGAGGCCCCAGUCAGGCCCUGGAGAGCAGCUCACCGUCUUCCAGUUCUGGAGUUACUUCGAAGCCUUGGACAGCUCCUCCAUGGAGGCCUAUGUGACCGAGACUGCCGAGGAGGUGUUACUGGUGCGGAAUCUGAACUCAGAUGACCAGGCUGUGGUGCUGAAAGCCCUGAGGUUGGCACCUGAGGGGCGGCUUCGAAGGGAUGGGCUCCGGGCCCUCAGCUCCCUGCUUGUCCAUGGCAACAACAAGGUCAUGGCUGCUGUCAGCACUCAGCUCCGGAGCCUGUCACUGGGCCCUGCCUUCCGGGAAAGGGCUCUACUCUGCUUCCUGGACCAGCUCGAGGAUGAGGAUGUGCAGACUAGAGUGGCUGGCUGUUUGGCCCUGGGCUGCAUCAAGGCUCCUGAAGGCAUUGAGCCCCUGGUGUACCUGUGCCAAACGGACACAGAAGCCGUGAGGGAAGCAGCUCGGCAGAGCCUGCAGCAAUGCGGAGAAGAGGGACAGUCUGCCCAUCGACGGCUGGAGGAGUCACUGGAUGCCCUGCCCCGCAUCUUCGGGCCCGGCAGCAUGGCCAGCACGGCAUUUUAAACUCCCCACCCACCGGCCCCCAGUGCCCCUUCCCCCCACUUUCAGGGCUUACCAGGCACUGGCAGGGAGGGUGAGGGCUGGCUCCAGACACUCCUCCCUCACAGAUUCCUAUCAAUGAAAAUCUAAUAUAUUCUCCUUUUGUCCUCGGGGUGGGUAGAGUCAGUGCCGCAGUGAAGUGCCUCCCAGCCUCGGCUCAGCACACUUGCCAUAGAUCGGUGUCCCGGGCCUGGCCGUCCUGCCUCUGCCCUGCCACGUCCCUUGGUUUUGUAUUUUAUUUACAGAGUUUUACAGAAAAUAAAAAAGCAAAAUGCCUUUCCUACGUA